AUGAGUAACAUAGAAGACGACGAAGAAGACUAUAUGUCUAGUCGGCUUCUUGAGCAAGCCUCAGAAUACGAAAAACAACGUAAAGACACAACAUACACCGAACGUCGGAAACAGCAGUUGCGCGAACAGCAGAAAAAGGGCUACAUCAAACCGCGCAAGCAGUUGGAAGAUGAAGCAAGACAAGAAGGCUUGAAAAAGACCCUCGAUCCCAGUAAUAAAGGAGCGAAAAUGCUGAUGAAAAUGGGCUUCAAACAUGGAAUGGCCCUUGGAAAGGAAACAGAAGGAGCACUGAUUGAACCCAUUGCCAUCGAGCAAAAACUUGGCCGUAGCGGCUUGGGUAUGGCAACCAGUCUGAAACGUGCACGGGAAGAAGAAGUCAAAGCCGAGGAAGAGCAUCGCAAAAGGACGGAAAUAGAUCCAGACGAUUUUCGAGAGGCUAUGGCUGCUAGAGCAAAUGAGGCCAGACUGUCCCGGCGAAUUCAUGCAGCAGCAGUCAUUUGUGAAAGAUUAGAUCAAGUCAAAUCAAAUAUUCUGUGGACUUUGCUUUCAUCCAAAAACGAAUCACAGUUGGAAGGACGCCAAGAGCCUACAUCUGAAGACGAUGAAGAUGAUCAAAAAGAGGCAAAACGGGAAGAGGAACCAAUAUACCCUCCCGAAGAAGUCGAAGCAUUGAAAUCGCUAAAGCUUGACGAUCAAUUACAGCGACUGGUUGAAUAUUUACGGAAUAAUUACCUCUACUGUUUCUGGUGUGGAGCCCAAUAUGCUGAUGAAGAAGAUCUCAAAGAGAACUGUCCAGGUAGUGAGGAAGAUGAUCACUGA